AUGCUCGGUCGCUGGCAGCUCCUGCCUGCUUACGCUGGCAGCGUCGCUCUCGUGAUCGGACUGUGGUCGGUGGGCGUUGCCUUGAUUCUCCUCGCCAUCGCCCUCCUGAUCACCGCGCCGCUCCCCGUGAUCCGCGGACUGCUCGGCAAGUACUCGGUCGGCGUUGUCGACUUCGAAGCGGAGGUGGAUGGCGCAAAGGUCAUCGGCCGCUGGCUCUACCCGUCCCAGCCUCACCAGAGCAGUGCACUGUACGUGGCUCUUCCUCGCGCCGGCCUCACCGCCGCGUUUGUCGGCACCGCGACGCCGCCUGCGCUUCGGCGCUUCCUUCCUCGUUGGGUCCUCUCCCACUGGAACUGCGUAGCCAUCCCCGCCAAGCGUGGUGCUGCGCUGGCCAAGUCGUGUGAGUCGAUGCCCGUCGUGCUCUUCUCCCAUGGUCUCACUGGCACUCGCGAGGUGUCGCAGUCGCUCGGCCUCACGCUUGCGGCAGCGGGCGCCCUGGUUGUGCUCGUCGAGCACACCGACGGCAGCUCCACCCUCGCUCGCUCCCUCGACGGCUCCUCCCUCCCCUUCGACCACUCCCUCUACGAUCUCGGCAAGGACCCGCCCACAAAGGAGUACGUCGCCGCACGCCGCGAGCAGACGGAGCGCCGCGCUGCGGAGCUGAGGCGCCACCUCACCCUGCUCCGCCGGAUCCAUGGCGUCGCCCACUCGCGGGCAGAGACGCAGCGCAGCCUCGUCUCGACUAUAGGCGCCUCGCCCUCCUCCUCCUCCGUUCGGCUCGACGGCAUCCCCGCCGCCGACACGGCCUCGCUCCUCACGGCGCUCGGAGAGCGACUCGAUCUCUCCCGCUCGGUGGUGGCCGGCCACUCGUUUGGCGGCGCCAGCGCGCUAACCUUCGCAUGCGAGGAGGAGGAGCUGCCUGUCGGGAAGCCGCCGAUUGCCGUGGUGGCGCUGGAUCCGAUGGUGGAUUGGGUUCCGGAGCGCGUGAUGGCGAGGGCGGGCUACGGCGAGCACGGCAGCUACGGCUUGCAGCAGCCCCCGCUGCAGCGGUACGAGAAGACGCCGCCACUCGCCGAAGUUCCCCUGCUCCUCGUCUGGUCUGAGGAGUGGCAGCGGCUGGGCUACUUCCGACAGUGGAGCGCCAACCUCCUGGAGCGGGCGGGGAGGGUCGACCCGGAUAGUGGCAGCGUCUCGCCGACGGGGAAAGUCUCGCCCGCCGGCCGGGCACAGUGGUUAAAGCGCGACCGUUCCCAUGCGUGCGUUGUCGUGGGCAGCGGGCACCAAGCGCUGUGCGACGUAGCGCUGCUGCUGCCUGGGCGGCUCAACGCGCUGCUCAAGAACAGCCUCGGGGGCGCGCGCUCCUCCGAGCUCGCAAGCCGGGUCAACGCCGUCGUGCUCGGCUGGCUGCGGAACCAAGGCCUCUUGCUCGAAGGCGGGGAGACCGCCUCGACAUGGUACCGAGGAGAGAGCCUGCCGCUCACGCGGCUGCCCGGAAUCAUGCGCCAUCGGUCCGCAGGGACGGACGCGCGCUAUUGA